AUGAAAACUAUGAAAGAUCAACUGUUGAGGUGGAUUUGCGAAAAGCACGCAAUGGAUAGCCCACUAGACAGACGCAUGGUUCGGGAAAAAGCGCUAGAGUUAACGAAGACACAUAAACUCGAUGGUUUCAAGUGUUCGAACAAAUGGAUUACGAAUUUCCUGAAGGAGCACGGUUUCUCUACAGACCUGAGCAACCGUACCGGGCCAUAUUUCUGCAACUACCGCGACUGGAUCGACAUCAUGAGAUCGACGAUAGAAAAAUACAAGCACAACGAUGUGUUUCACAUGGACGAGCUGACCAUGUACUCCGACAUCCUCCCAGCGAGGAUCGCGAGUCCUCGAUCUAAAGUAUCCGCGGCCAAUCGAAUAACGAUACUGAUGGGUUGCAACUCUUCUGGAACGAGCAAACUACCGCUUCUGAUUUGCGGACCUUACCCGUCCAGAACUACGACCAAGGGCCACCUUUACUGCCACAGUGAGGAUUGUUCCAUCAGCGACGAGCUGUUCACCGAUUGGCUAUUGGCCGUUAACGAUCGUAUGAUCGAGCGCGAUCGUACGAUCCUGCUGUUUCUUCCACGAAGCAGAGCUCGCGCACUUGACGGUAUAACGUUGAGGAACGUGAACCUGGUUUACCUUCCCAAUGCUUUCCCAGCGCACUUGCGACCGUUGCGAAGGGACGUUUUCCAUUACGUCAAGAUGAUCUUCAGACGAAGGUACGCGGCACGUUUGGAACGACGUACCUCCGAAUGGAACCUUCGCGACGUCUUGGAAUCCUUGAUCGAGGGUUGGGAAAGAGUACCGCGCGAAAUCGUAAUAUACGGUUUCCAAAGGACACGUUUCAGAACCGACAACUGCUUCAUGCAGAUCGAUUGCGACUGCUGGCCAACACUGAACACGGGCGUUUCGUUCAAAAGAUUCGUCACGUUCGACGACGAUCUCUCGGACGAACGCGUGUCCUCCGAAAGGAACAACCGAUAUCACGGCUACAAUCUCAGGGCUGACGCCAAAAACCUCCUACAGGUGAAAACUAAUUGUAAAGGUCGAUUCAGACUAUACGACACGGACCGUCACGUUCCGGCAACGACACGACAAAACAUUAAAACGCGCGUUUUCUUAACAGACACCGACCUGAACAUCGAUAACGAGGACAGCGUCGGUUUGACAUUGGACCAAGUCGAAAACGCUGACGAGUCGGUUAUGGUAAAUCGACCGGUAUCGAAUCAAAAUUCCACUCCUUCGUCUUCGUUUUGUCAACAAGCCCGGGACAUUUCUACACGGCGACGGUCCAGAUCUCCAGAAUUGGACGGUUCCGAAGGACAUUUCGAAGCUGACGGUAAAAACGAGAAAAGAAUGAAAACGAAGCACGACUGGUCGAAGCAGUACGAAACUACUUUCGUUUUCGGCUCCCCGAAUGCGAAUGCGAAUAUUAACGCGACCGCAAACACCUCGAAUCGAAAAAAUUGCUCCGCGGAGCAGCAUCGAGACGACAAAAAUAUUCUCGAUUCCUACAUUUUCAACGCAACACCGUCAUCCGCCUCUCCGAGAUACUAA